GUUCUUAUGGAACAGUUCCAGUUUUUACAAUGCAUUGAAAUAAAAUACAAUAUACAUAAUAUUAAAAAUAACCUUUCAUUCGUUUUGUAUUUAAAAACGGUACUUGAAAUUAAAUCAUAUAUUGAUUUUUCAUGCUACUUUGUAGUACAUACAUACGUUAUUCUACUAUGGAACCGUUCAUUUGAAUUGUACUUUUAUUAAUGAAAUAGAUCAUGAUGUUUCUUUUCUUCAUUGAAUAGUCUGUUUUAUAAAUAUUGUUGACUAUUUGGACCCGCCAAUUAUAAAUUCUUCUUCAAUUAUAUAACUACACAUGUACAUGACCUAACCUACAAUUUUCCAUGCGAAGUGUUGAUACAGCUUUAAAGGUAGCCGGUUAUUUAAUUCCCUUUUAUUUAGUAUCGAAUAAGUAAAAAUGGUUGAGGAACAGAGAAAACGAGUUGAAGAGCAUAUGAAUAAAAUGGUGGAGCAGAUUGACAAGUCUCAUAUUAGAAAAAUGCAGGGUGACAUGCACAGGUGUGCUGCAAUAUGCUGUGACAAUGAAACUUACAGCAUGCAGAAAGUACACCACUGUGUAGAGAACUGCAGCAACUCUUUAAAUAAAGCUCAACAUUAUAUUCAAGGAGAGUUUGAAAGAGUUCAGAAUCGAUUGCAAAGGUGUGUUAUGGAUUGCAAUGAUAAAAUAAAAGAUCAGAUGGGACCGCAUCCUACACAAAACGAUGUAGAUAGAUACAGUGAUGAAUUUGAUAAAUGUGCUACAAAAUGUGUAGAUAGUUAUUUGGAUAUGUUACCUACAUUAGAGAAAACAAUGAAGAAAGUUUUAGCUAGUAAAAAGUAUGAACAGCAAUAAAAUUAAUGUGAAUACUAAUGCAAUCAAAUGAACACUAUGUACAUUACCUUACUUAUAUAAAAGAAAAUAAUUUUACAUGCUGGUAAAUAUAACUCUAGGUCUUAUACAUUUAGAGUACAUAGAAAUGUGCAUACACUACCACAAUUUAUUAAUUACAGAUAAUGAUGACCUGAGUUGCAUUGCAGAUUAUGUAGCAUUUUGUAUCCAAUACAACAGUUUUUGUUACCAAUUUGUAUUUUAAUCGUCACAGCAAAUGUUGUCAUAACUGUGGCAAGCAAAGAGAAGGCUGGUUGUAACGAAUUCCAUGAUCAUAGUAUUUAUUAACUAGUACACUUGAUGAUUGCAGUGGUA